GGCUGUAGUGAAGAGGGCAGGGCGUGAGAUAUCAUGGAGGAUCAGUAGGCAAACUGUGGCCAUCAGAGGAGGGUGACCAUAGCCCUAACUCCGGGAGUUUUUGCAACUGUUCAUCCUUCGCUUCUUUGAUUUCACGCCGCAUAUUUCAACAUGGACAUGAAAAAGAGGAUCACACUAGAGCUGCGGAACCGAACCCCAGCGGAGAUCGUGGAGCUGGUGUUGGACAACAGUCGCUCGGCUGACGGGGAGGUGGAGGGUCUGACGGACGAGUUCACAGAGCUGGAGUUUCUCAGUAUGGUCAACGUGGGUCUGAGCUCUCUGACCAAGCUGCCCGCGCUGCCCAAGCUGCGUAAGUUGGAGCUGAGCGACAACAACCUGUCGGGUUCUCUGGAGACUCUUGCAGAGAAGUGCCCCAACCUGACUUACCUCAACCUGAGCGGGAACAAGAUCAAAGAGCUGAGCACCCUGGAGGCGCUGCAAAACCUGAAGAGUCUGCAGAGUCUGGACCUGUUCAACUGCGAGAUCACGUCCCUGGAGGACUACAGGGAGAGCGUGUUCGAGCUGCUGCCGCAGGUCACCUACCUGGACGGCUUCGACCAGGAGGACAACGAGGCGCCGGACUCUGAGGCGGACGACGAAGACGACGAAGGAGAGGAGGGGGCGGGGCCGACCGGCGACUAUGACGAUGAGGAGGACGAAGAGGAAGAUGAGGAUGGAUCAGAGGGAGGAGAGGUGGGGUUGAGCUUUCAGGUGAACCAGGGCAAUCAGGAGGAGUACGACGAAGAGGACGACUAUGCAGAGGAAGAAGAGGAUCAGGCGGCCGCUCAGGGACAGAAGAGGAAGAGGGAAGUGGAGGACGAGGGCGAGGAGGACGACGACGACGAAGACUAGUCCCCGCCGGUCUCCGCCAUCCGUGUGUUGUCCUUGUGCCGUCUUUGUCCGUCUCAGUCCUCCUUCGGACCCCGAACCUCCACCUGACAGCCGCCGCGGCGCCGCGUCCCGCUCUAGUCGGUUUUUCUGUUUGAAAUAGAAAUCACUCGUUUAUUUUUAGAUAAUAUAUGAGAUUUACAGAGAAAAGAUUUUAUCUGAACUUGUUGGAUCCGGCAGAAGAAUCCACACUUCUUUCCCUUUAAGCUCGAUUCAGGAUCCCGUUUUCUGUCCGUCCAGCGAGUCUCCGCCCCCCUGACCUCCUUCACGCCGACGUCUGUGUCGUCCUCCGGCUGCCGCAGAUCUUCAAGCACAGAAAACCUUCCACCAAAGAGUGAGUUUCCUCCGUGGGACCCGGAGAGUAGAUCCAGAUAACACAGGAAGAACAGCUUCAUCCGUCGGAUCCGGUUUGAUCGAGUCUUCUCAGAGAUGGACCGUCGCCCCGCCAGCAGGACCAGAACUCUAUUCAUGCCGUUCUUGUAGACCGGUGGUCCCCAACCUUGCAUUUUUUCCAGUUUAUUUAAAAUCCGAUUCUGAAGGAAGUUUUAUUUUGAAGAACCUACUUGAGUCUCUAAACCACAUUCAACUCAUGAGUGCGUCAAAUCGCUCGUUAAUCCAUCCGAUACUUUCUUUCUUCGAGAAAGUAAACAAAAAACGACCAUAUCCGGAAAGUUUCUUUAAGUUGAAAACAGGAAACAGAAGAAGAACCUUUGACUUCAAAAUAAAAGACAGCAGCAAAAACAGAAAGAACUCCAAAUAUGGAUUCAUCAUAAUAAUAUUUAGCACUUGGCUGUCUAAUGAUAAAAAAAUGUUGCUAAUAAAGUUGCUCAAUUGGUGGAUUCGGA